UCUUAUGUAUUCCUUUCAUUUCCAUGGUUCCUUAUACCUUCUCUCCCAAGGGAAAAAGAGAACUAAGACGUGGUGUUCUCCUGGGUCUGGCUAGAACUGGACUACAGAUCUUUGAGAUGCUGAAUGGAGAACAAGAGUUUCGAUAUGAUUUGGCUUGGUCGAGCAUUCACUCGAUUACGUUUCAGGGCAGGAAGUUUGAGACACGUGCAGAUGGCUUGCAGGGGAGAAAGCUGGUGUUCUAUAGUGUCUCUGUCCUCCAUGCCAAACACCUGCUGCAGCACAUAAGCAACAGUCACCGCCUGCAUCUCAACACAAAGCACACAGCCUUUCAGCUUAAGGCAACAAACGACACAUACAGAGAGAUGUACAUCACAGACCAAGUUGAUAUGAACAUGGACGACAGUGAUGGUGAGCUUCCACCAAUGAAAUUCCUCUUAGCCAACAUGCAGAACCAAUCCAGUGGCCCCGUCUCUGUUCCAAACUCUCAAGAUUGUGGAAACGGUAUAAAAGGCUCAGACAUCGCGCAAAACUCUUGUGGUUUAGAGAUGAGUGUUGAUGAACCAGUGGAAAUGUUGGUGGAUGAUCUUGAGGAUGUCCUGAGUUUAGUGGAGCUAGUAGAGGGUGUAUCUGUAGAUGAUACUUUUCCCCUGACCCAUUUUCUUACAGCAUGUGGUAAGCAGACACAAGUUUUGAUUUGA